CAAUUUUCGCAGUCUGCCGCACUCACUCCCACUGCGAAUCAAUCCACCAGCGAGGCUCCACCAACCACGAAUCAAUCUAUCAGCGCGGCCCCACCAAAUGCACAAUGGAGCCACUCUCCACAACUUCCUGGCGUCCGUCACGGAUGGUUCGAAUAUGGGAAUGGUGCACACGUCGGAACCUCUAAUGACUCGGACAUGCUGCAAUGGCCUGCUGACAUGCAGUUAUCACCUGAUAAAGCGUUAGGGCAACAGUACGAACAAGGAUUCCAGCCACAACUCCAGGACACACCGCGUUACAACAAGGGACCCACAGCAGAUCACUCAAGUACACAUGUCCUGGCUCUUUCCCUUUCAUCGCUGAUACUAUCUUCUACAGUAGGUUCACAGCUACCCCAGUUAUCCCUCGACCCCCGCGACCUCAUUCCCUCCUCUUCCCAUGUGCAUGCAGUCAUCUACGAUGACGAGCCUGACGAUCUCCCCACUGGAGUAAUGCUCCAAGACCUCUCAAAAUAUAUCACCAAGGACGGAAUCUAUCCUGCUGCUCGUGGAGGGUUUGGGGAGAUCUGGAAAUGCACCAUUUCGUGCACUGAUCGUAGCUCGGUCAAAGUCGCAGUGAAAGCAUUUCAGCUGUACGUUGAAGAAGAACUUCCAGCGAAGACGAAAAAGAUCAGGAGGAUAAAGCGUGAGCUCGGGAUAUCUGCAAACCUCAAGCACACAAAUAUCUUACCGAUCUAUGGUUAUGCGCAUGGCUUCAGCCCGCUUAUAGCGAUAGUCAGUCCUUGGGCGGUGAAUGGUGACCUGUCGGACUAUUUGAAGCGCAAGGGUGCGACUCUGACUCUCGUUCUACGAUUACAGCUGCUAAGAGAUAUUAUAGCUGGUUUGCAGUAUCUCCACGCAAACAGUGUCAUCCAUGGUGACUUCACUAGUGUUAACGUGCUCAUCCACGGUGAUGGCACUGCGUGUAUUGCUGACUUCGGUCUUUCCUUGAUGUAUUCCGAGGUCAUAAAUGUCUCUCAGGCUUCUUGGACUUCCGCCCUCCAUGGCAAUAUACGAUGGAUGGCACCUGAGCUACUAGUACCAGGGGGAGAGGACGGACCUCUAAUUCGUCCGAGCAAGCAGAGUGACAUCUAUUCGUUCGGUUGUAUUAUGUUGGAGGUCCUUACCAACAAAAUCCCUUAUCAUUACCUUGUGAAUAACAACACCGUCCUCAUGAGCAUAAUUAGCUCGCAAAAGCCCUCCCGAGUUUAUUAUCCUGGGCUCCCUGGAAAGUACUGGUCGUUUAUCGAGAAAUGUUGGUCUACUAAACCUCGGGACCGUCCAUCGACGGAGGAAGCUGAUGUAGCGAUCAGGGACAUAUAUCUCGCUGUCCAGAGCUAAUUGAUUCUUGUACUAAUCUUGCAUUCAAACAUGUACAACCAGAUAGAUAAACCUAGGUACACCUGUAUAGUAAACGUAGACUCAAUGCAGGAUUUCUCUUCUAAUAUUGGAGCACAACAAGCUCUAUGGUUCUAGUACAGUCCUUUGCGUGAUCGUUUAUGCAAGCAAGUGGGUC